AUGGCUUGUGGCAAGGGCCAACAUAAGUUUGAAAUAGAUACCUACAAAACAUAUGACCAGCGCCAAAACGGAAAAUACAAUAUUCACUUGAAUAUUAAAGAUGUUAAAAUAAUUGCUGUUGGUAAAGAAAAUCUGGAUGGAAAUUUCGGUGAUGAUGCAGUCUACGAUUAUGGAGAUUACGAUUACGAUCCUGCACAUCUUACUGUAAGUCCGUUGCCAAUAUUUGGCUCGGGUAUAUCUGCUGUGUCGAUUACCAGUACAAGCAAGCCGCAAAAAUCAACUAACGUGGCUCCUAUUUCGAGCAUGACUAUAAGUCCUCCUGUAACUGAUUAUAGUAAAACUUCCACUGCUAUUCCAAUACGUACAACAUCGCUCAAAGGAUCAAUUGGAAUAAAUUUAGCAGAAACAACUGCACUGACGCACAAUCCCUCUGACCACUUCAAGCCACAAACACCUACCAGUUUUCCCAACAUUUCCUCUACCGCGACGCCUUCGAGCAACGUAAUAAAGAUCAAACCUGUCACGGCUGCAAUUCACCAUGAUUACCAGAAAAUACCCGUGAAAGUUAUUGUAGAACCGAUCGUAAGCCCAAAGUAUCGAAACAGUGGUGAACCAAUAAUUAAUACUAACUAA